UGACCUCACUGCAGGAAAGCCCGACGGGCCGGCCCCCACCCGCUGCACGUGAUCUGCUGCAUUGGACUGGCAGCUCAUUGAAGCUUCCACCAUGAUCAUCGCCGGCACGAGAAGACCACAAGCGACAGCUCAGUCAGCACCCAAUUGACCCGCGAUACCCUCUGAAUCGAUUCUCCGAGAGCGAGUUGAUUCGAAGAACCGACACAAUGCCUCAAGAUAUGCCCCCCGUUGGGGGCUAUGGCCCCGUGCAGUACAAGCGCAACUUGCCUGCAGGUGCCUUCCGGCCCGGUACCCUCAUCCUCGGUAUGGGCGCCAUCAUGGUCUACGGUUUCUACAAGCUAGGCCAGGGUAUUCGUGAGCAGAAUGAACUCGCCCGCGAGAAGAUGUGGUCCAGAAUCCACCUGAUCCCCCUCCUGCAAGCCGAGGAAGACCGUGACUUGGUCAGACGGCAUUUGGCAGACCAGGCAAGAGAGAAGGAGCUGCUGGGCGACAACUUCAAGGUCUACAACUCCGACCGAUACGUGCGGCCAACAUAUGCCGUCACUCCUUCCACGACGAAAUAAAUCCUGCUGUAAGAAAAAAGAACAUACGGCUGGCAUUGGAAAGAGUGGAUUGCGACUCGAUGGACGUCUACCAGGUGAAUGUGGUACAGACGGACGCUGUACAUUUUUUUCUCGCAAAAACGCAGACAAUAGAAUGACAUCUUUUACACGCACAUG